CGGGCCAAGCGAGUCGUACGUGAAGAGAGUUGUUCUGCCGCUUGCUUGGCGUGGUGGUCCAUCACCCAACCUCUAGUUCUACUGGCGAGAAAAGUUGUCUGAACGAUUUAGAAAACAUGUCUGACGACGAACAGCAAGAUCAAACCAUAGCAGAUGACUUGGUUGUUACCAAGUACAAGAUGGGCGCUGACAUCGCCAACCAGGCGGUGAAGGUGCUGCUGGAGGGGGCCAAGCCGGGGGUGUCUGUGCUGAGCCUGUGCGAAAAAGGAGACGCUUUCAUCAUGGCUGAGACCAGCAAAGUCUUCAAGAAGGAGAAGGACAUCAAAAAAGGGAUUGCUUUUCCUACCUGUGUGUCUGUCAACAACUGCGUGUGCCACUUCUCACCCCUGAAGAGUGACGCUGACUACAUCCUCAAGGAUGGAGACCUGGUGAAAGUUGACCUGGGAGUGCACGUAGAUGGUUUCAUCUCAAAUGUGGCCCACAGUUUUGUCAUUGGAGCAAGCAAGGACAAUCCGGUGACUGGUCGAAAGGCGGACGUAAUCAAAGCAGCCCACCUGUGCGCAGAGGCAGCCCUGCGCCUUGUCAAACCCGGCAACCAGAACUCUCAAGUUACUGACGCAUGGAAUAAGAUCGCAGAGUCAUUCAAAUGCUCAGCCAUUGAGGGUAUGCUGUCCCAUCAGUUGAAGCAGCAUGUCAUUGACGGAGAGAAGACUAUUAUCCAGAACCCAACCGAACAGCAGAGGAAAGACCAUGAGAAGGCGGAGUUUGAGGUGCAUGAGGUGUACGCCGUGGACGUGCUCAUCAGUUCUGGAGAAGGCAAGGCAAAAGAUUCUGGACAGAGGACCACUGUGUACAAGCGGGACCCCAGCAAGCAGUACGGCCUGAAGAUGAAGACCUCCAGGAUGUUCUUCAGUGAGGUGGAGCGACGCUUCGAUGCCAUGCCCUUCACUCUCAGGGCGUUUGAAGACGAGGGGAAGGCACGUCUGGGUGUGGUGGAGUGUGCCAAGCACGAGCUUUUGCAGCCAUUCAGUGUCCUGCAUGAGAAGGAGGGAGAGUUUGUGGCCCAGUUCAAGUUCACUGUGAUGCUGAUGGCCAACGGCCCCCUGAGGAUCACCAGCGGGCCAUUCGAACCCGAGCUCUUCAAAUCUGAGCAUGACGUGCAGGACCCAGAGUUGAAGGUUUUGCUGCAGAGCUCUGCUAGCCGUAAGGCACAGAAGAAGAAGAAAAAGAAGGCAUCGAAGACUGUGGAGACCGCUACAGGUCAGGCCGUGGAGACCGAGGCUGCUGCUGAGUAAACCUCUCCUUCAACCUCCUUCCCGUCCACCCCCCACCCCCCUCUGUUCCAUCAGCACCGCAGGACAACGGACGGACGGAUGGACCACCCAAAGAACAGAAAAGGAAAAAAAAUCAAAACAAAAAAGAAAAAAAAUAAUGAUGAAAAUGAGAUCCACAAUGCCUGCCACCACCCCACCCCUCCACUCACCUUCCUGACACUGACAGCUCUUUACCUGUUAGCUCCCCCACCCCCACGGAGAAGCCUUCAGAACCUAGCCACUUAACCAAGCCUCAAUACCUCCAAGAAAAUUGUAAGACUGCUGGCGUUUGUAGUCGAAUUGUCCUGUGGCGUCACGACAGUGUUGCUCCAAGGACUUCUUUCCCCCGUUGUUAGCGCUGGUCAUAAAGUGGUCUCUCUCACACAGGACUUGUACAUGUCACCAGAUGCUAUGCCAGAGAGAUGUUGUACAAGUCAGGGUAGACUUGCGAUACUGACCAACCUUGUUUACAAGAGGUGGCGGCCGCGGUAGCUGUGAUUUUGGCACGAUUACCUGCCACAUGUGUUGCUUCACGAUUUUGUAAACUAAUUAAUGGAGGCUUCAAAAGAAAAGAGAAAAAACUAAAGCAAAAUGGAAUCCUCA